AGUGUUCCUGAGAAGCUCCUGGGCUGAAUUCGCUUCGUGUUGUUGAUUUUUUUUUUUUUAAUUAUAAUUAUGAUAAAUGAUGGCCUCAGGGAACAGUGCUGUUGUUGUUAGGGAUGAAACUUCACCCUUCAUGUGCUGAGAAAAACAAACCAAUAAACAAACCAGAGAGAAGGCUGCUGCGCGCGCGCGCCCGGUGUGUCAGUGUGUUAGCCGGCGGCUUGUUUGUUUGUUUGUUUGUGUGGAGGAUGCUGCUGCUGCUUUAGCUGGAGAGCACUGCUUUCUCUUUCAGCAGGAUUUAAUCGAAACGGAUAUUUUUUGCCACGUAUUUAAAAUAUAAUAAACUUAAGUAUAAACUCAUCCUCGGAAAAAAACCUCUUAUCUGCGAGCUGAGAAGCGGCUGUUUGUGAUCGUGAGCGGAGCGUUCUCAGGCGAUGUCCACUAUGGUGUACCCGAGGGAGGAGUCUCUGGAGCGGCUGAGUCAGGAUGAGAUUGUUCUGAACACAAAGGCGGUGAUGCAGGGGCUGGAGACGCUGCGGGGAGAGCACGCUCAGCUCCUUAACUCCCUGCUGGACUGCACUCCACCUCCUGCUGCGCAGGAGAAAUCUGGUCUGCUCCGCAAGAGCCUGGAGGCCAUUGAGCUGGGCCUGGGGGAGGCGCAGGUGAUCAUCGCACUGUCUGGUCACCUGAGCGCCGUGGAGUCGGAGAAGCAGAAGCUGCGAGCUCAGGUGCGGCGCCUGUGCCAGGAGAACCAGUGGCUGCGGGACGAGCUGGCCAGCACCCAGCACAAGCUGCAGAAGAGCGAGCAGAAUGUGGCGCAGCUCGAAGAGGAGAAGAAGCACCUCGAGUUCAUGAACCAGAUACGCAAGUUUGAUGAUGACACCACACCCUCAGAGGAGAAACCCGGGGAAAAAGAAAAGGACAGUCUGGAUGAUCUGUUCCCCAACGACGAUGAUCACGGACCAGUUCCAGCCCAGCGCAGCGGUGAGGUGGCAGCACAGCAGGGUGGAUAUGAGAUCCCGGCUCGGCUCAGGACGCUGCACAACCUGGUGAUCCAGUACGCCUCUCAGGGGAGGUACGAGGUGGCUGUUCCGCUCUGCAAACAAGCUCUGGAGGACCUGGAGAAGACCUCGGGCCACGACCACCCUGACGUCGCCACCAUGCUCAACAUCCUCGCUCUCGUCUACAGGGAUCAGAAUAAGUACAAAGAAGCAGCUCACUUGCUGAAUGAUGCGCUGGCAAUCCGUGAGAAGACCCUUGGGAAGGAUCACCCCGCCGUGGCCGCCACCCUCAACAACCUGGCUGUCUUAUAUGGCAAGAGGGGCAAAUACAAGGAAGCUGAGCCUCUGUGCAAGAGGGCGCUGGAGAUCAGGGAGAAGGUUUUGGGGAAGUACCACCCUGAUGUGGCUAAGCAGCUGAAUAAUCUGGCACUGCUGUGUCAGAACCAGGGAAAGUACGAGGAGGUGGUGUACUACUACAGCCGUGCACUGGAGAUCUACGAGGGCAAGCUGGGGGCUGAUGACCCCAAUGUGGCCAAGACCAAAAACAACCUAGCCACAUGUUACCUGAAACAGGGCAAGUUUAAGGACGCUGAGGCGCUGUACAAGGAGAUCCUGACCCGUGCCCACGAGAAGCAGUUCGGCUCAGUCAACAAUGACAACAAGCCCAUAUGGAUGCAUGCAGAAGAGAGAGAGGAGAGUAAGGGCAAGAAGAAGGACGCUGGUCCCUACGGCGAGUACGGCAGCUGGUACAAGGCCUGCAAAGUGGACAGCCCUACAGUCACUAACACACUGAGGAGCCUGGGGGCACUGUAUCGCCGGCAGGGCAAGCUGGAGGCAGCUGAGACUCUGGAAGAGUGUGCUACAAAGAACCGCAAACAGGGCAUUGAUGCAAUUAAUCAGAGUAAGGUGGUGGAGCUGCUGAAGGACGGCACCUCUGGUGGGGAUAAGCGGCACAGCAGAGAGGGGCUGAAUGGCUCUGGAGGUCCUCGUGACUCUGAGGGAGACGAGGCAGAGUGGAGCGGGGAUGGGAGUGGAUCUCUGCGGCGCAGCGGCUCCAUCGGGAAGCUCCGAGACGCUCUGAGACGCAGCAGCGAGAUGCUGGUGAAGAAACUGCAGGGCAGCGGCCCUCAGGAACCACGCAACCCUGGGAUGAAGAGAGCGAGCUCUUUGAACUUCCUCAACAAGAGUGUAGAGGAAACUUCACAGGAUGUCACCAGUGGCCUGUCAGAAUGUCGAGGACUGAGCACCAGCAACGUGGACCUUUCAAGACGAAGCUCUCUGAUUGGUUAGAGUGUGCGAGUGUAGUCGGGUAUUAAAGAGGGUGGAGCAAAGCAGACGGGCUGUUUGCCUUGUGCAUUCAAAUCACAACAGCAUCAUGGGUUUUUUUUUUUUUUUUUUUUUCUCCCCCAGCAUUUUUAUCAGUCUUUAACUCGACAGCUGGUGCGCUACCGAACAGCUGUGUCUGCUUUGCUUUGUUAAACUGCACUGAUCGGAUUAUUAACACACCACAGGUAGAUAGGGAUAGAGUUCAAGCUCAAUGCAGACUGGCAUUGCACUGUGCUCAAUUCUUUCAGUCCAAAGCCAGCCUGUUUUUUUUUUUUUUUUCCUGAAAAUCCAACAGCAUGCUGCUUACGACGCUGGAUGUGUGUCCGCUUUCGAGGCGCUUAAUCGCAUCUCGGAGACAUGGCAGCAUGGUUUAAAAAAAAAAAAGUUAUACACCAUAUAAGGACGCAUAAUACGUGUAACUGCGAGCAUUAACUUUAAGUAUCUGUGAUCAGAACGUUUUGUGGCACCACACACCCAAAAAAAUCACAACUGAUCAAGAGCGGUACGAAUUGGAGGGUUUGUGAAAAUGUUAGAACCUUAAAACUUUUUUUUUUUUUUAAAUUUCUUUUAAGUAAAGCAUCUCCACUCUGAAAUGAACAGAAAGUAGUGAUGUCAUAGAGGUAUGGCCUUUUUUUUUCUGUAUAUACAGGUUUAACUUAUUGAAAUUUGUCAUUUCCUUCUUUGUAAGUACGACACACGGUUUUGUUUACAUAGUAGGAGGCCGGUGAAUCUGCGUAGAGAACAAAUCCUACUACAGAGUAAUGAGCUGUGAGAGAAACACUGGCUUUUUGUUGCGUGUUUAAACUGCUGUGCGAACAGAAGCGCUGUGAAGGGUUUAAGAAGCUGAUACUAAAACUGGACCCAAGUCGUGUUUUUCUGAUUAUUUUGAUGUUGCGCUUUAAUUUCCGGAGUUUGUAUAUAAACGUGUAUAGCUGGAUAGUUGCGGUUCAGAGUUCGGUAUACAGCACCGUCAUGCGUAUAUGAAGUUGUGAUUGGUUGAAGUAAUUUGCUCGGAACGGUGAGUGAACUCCGAUUAGAACAAAUCGCACUAAAUCACGCUCGCUAAUUUUAGUUGCUCGUUUAGUAUUCCACUAAAUGGCAAUUAACUGGAUAUGAUGUAUUAGCCAUAACGAAACUCCUACAUCACUGGAUUAUGUACGGUACUGUAUGCUUGUGUUUUGUUUUGUCAGGCACACGGUAGUAGUAUUAGACCUGCUGUGUCGUGGAAGCAGUGGGUUUGCAGCAAGUAGGGGAAAUUGACUUUUUUUUAAAAUUUAUUAAAGGUGCAGUUUGUAAUCUUUUAAGUGUUUCUACUAUAUUAAUAUAAAUUCAGUGACAUCUAUGAUGUAAGGCUUCAUAUUACACUUUGCCCCGCCCCUUACAAGGACGACUUCUUACAUGGUGUACGACCAGAAUUCUCAAAUCUGAACUUUUUAUUGAUUUUCCCUUAUUAAAAUACGGCGGCACGGUGGUGUAGUGGUUAGCGCUGUCGCCUCACAGCAAGAAGGUCCUGGGUUCGAGCGAAAUGGCCAAUGAGGGCCUUUCUGUGCGGAGUUUGCAUGUUCUCCCCGUGUCCGCGUGGGUUUCCUCCGGGUGCUCCGGUUUCCCCUACAGUCCAAAGACAUGCAGGUUAGGUUAACUGGCGACUCUAAAUUGACCAUGAGUGUGAGUUGUUUGUCUCUACCCCGCUUCUUGCCCAUAGUCAGCUGGGAUAGGCUCCAGCCUGUGACCCUGCACAGGAUAAACGGUUAUGGAUGAUGGAUGGAUAUUAAAGUACUGUAGCGCAGUGUUUCUGGCUGCAAUUCAAAUCACAGGUUUAUUUUAAUAAGUUCCCCAUCACGUCUAUAGUAACUGCUUAUUCACAGCGAUUUGUAUCGCAGACAAUCUAGGAAUAAAUGGACGAAAACAUGUUGUUUCACAAAGAACUUAAUGUAAUCUUCAAUAUGGUAUCGCUUUCUGUGAGAAGAUAUUUAUUUAACGUUUACGGAAGGAGUCUCCAGUCUCGGUAGGUUUUCCCCCAUGGGAAAGUCUUCGGGACAGAGGAACCGCUUUUCGGAUUCUUUGUAACGCAAUUGGCUGUUUUGUCUUAUUAGCUUCAAAAGACAGAUUAAAAAAAAAAACACGGAGGCAGAUGAAAGGAGUGUUCACAUCACCUCACAAUCAGCAGAGGGCACGAAGAUAAAAUUACAAACUGCUCCUUUAAAUACACCUCCAUCUCUGUGGCCGAUUUUGCUCGUGCAGAAUGGUGUUGCUGGGAAAAAGGUAUUGAAGGACGCAAAGGACGUUGACUUUGGACUUUUGGUAGGUGACGGUGUUUAAAAAUGAACCUGGUGUAGGAAGGUGAAUGGAAAGACUUCAUGCUGUGAUUACAAAAUAGACUGUCGGCUGUGGAAACUUUUUUUUUUUUUCAUUCACCGUGUCUCAUUUCUUCGCACAUCGAUUCUGUAGCUGUAGGUUUAUCACUCGGCAAGAUCAGUAAGCUCAAGUGUAAUCCUCGAGAGUGCAUUUACACUGCGGAAAGCUUUAACCCCGUCCGCUCACCGUUCCACUCGACUGGAUCAUGAUCCGAAGAUUUCCUUUGAUUAGUGAGCGCUCGGUUGUGUUCGUACAAGGAGGACUAAGGCUGCGUUAUGCUCUUGACGUAAUACCAUAUUGUGAUCAUGUUUCAGCUACAGCGUCAUCGAAACACUACAAAGUCACACAACACUAAGCGAAGAACAAAUGAGCUUUUAUUAUUUCAUUUUGUUUUAAAUAAAACAGCCUUUUCGCAUUGUACGUCAUUAUCCUACAUUCCUCUUGCAUCGGUUAAUCAAAAAUGAAAUACUCCUCGACACAUUAGAUUUAUGGUUUAAGGGGGACACGAGAACGCAAUUAGUCUCCGAAUUAAAUCCUGUAGUGUUAAUUAUAUCGUGUAAAGCUGAGCUCACAAAAGCAGGCAUUGCUAUUUAAUCUGAAAACUGUAUGAAUUGUGCAGCCCUAGACCCUAGUUUACAUAUCGCAGAUGUUAAUAUUGUAAUAACUCUUAACAAAUGAUGGAAUGUGCAGGUGGAUUACAAGGUCUGCUGAGAAGCACCGAUGUCAUGCGUACAAGGCGGCUAUGUGCACGGAGAGCAUCUGUCGUCUUUUAUCAGACGCUAUAAAACCGACAAUAGUUGUUCUGCAAUGUGCAGCUUUUCCUACACUGUAGAAUGUGUUCUUGCGGGAUUAAUGUGGUUUAGGGGGAGGGAGUUAGAGGUCACUUGUGAGUGAGUCAAUCUGAUGUAAAAUGAUCAAAAUAAAUAAAACCCCUCACUUUUCAAACCAA